AGUGACGCGACUAAAGCUGCGAGCUGGAUAGAUGCAGGGAUUUUCUGUCUGAGUUAUUUGGAAGCAGACAGAUGAUCAUGUGAACGAUUCAGGAUUAAUAAUCAUGGAUGCAGCGUGGAAGGUUAAUUGAAGAUAGCGGAGCUGUAUCCCCCCGUUUAACUUCACGACUGUUAUCUGUGCAAGUGUCGCCUUGUUUCUCGUGCGGACUUGGCUCCAGUAUCAGGUUUGCUACAGUGGUUAGGGGUUGCAGCUAGCUGUCAGGUCAGCCACAUCAGCACCCUUGCUAUUAGCCAGCCACGCUAGCAUCAGAGGAAAGAUCGGAUGAUGGCAGACAAUAUCAUGAGCAAGGCUGCAACCAUGGAGAUCCCCAUUAACAGCAAUGGAGACACAGGGACUCUGCCAGAGGAUGACAGCCUGGAGCAGGAUCUGCAGCAGGUGAUGGUUUCCGGACCCAACCUAAAUGAAACCAGCAUUGUCUCGGGAGGUUAUGGAGGACCUGCAGGGGGCAUCAUUCCUACCAGCUCCAUUAAAGGGCCUGCAAUACGCUUCAACCCUGAGUAUCUGGACAGAAGACGAGCCCCUGCACCGGGACCAGACAUUCGCAUGAAAUCCCGGGGCGUUAACUUGGCUCACAGUCAGUCUGCAGCCGGUCGACUUGCCCAGCACACCGACCAUCAUCCAGGGUCGUCCGGUCAUAACGCCAAUUCAACUGAAGAAGUUUCUCGCGGUGUGGCAGUGGAGAAACUGGACACUGUAAAGAAAUGGGGCAUAAACACAUACAAGUGCACGAAGCAGAUGUUCUCAGAGAGGUUUGGCCGAGGCUCACGGACGGUAGACCUGGAACUCGAGGCUCAGAUAGAUGUCUUGAGGGACACGAAGAGCAAGUACGAAAACGUCCUAAGACUUGCCACUGCGCUCAUCAAUCACUUUCAAAGCAUGGUGCAGACGCAGCAGGCUUUAGGAGACACCUUCACCGACCUCAGCCAGAAGUCCCCAGAGCUGCAGGAUGAGUUUGGAUACAAUGCAGAAACACAGAAGCUGUUAUGUAAGAAUGGAGAGGCUCUGCUUGGUGCCAUCAACUUCUUUGUUUCCAGUGUCAACACCCUAGUUAACAAAACCAUGGAAGAUACUUUACUGACCAUUAAGCAGUAUGAAAAUGCAAGACUCGAGUUUGACGCCUAUCGCUCUGACCUGGAGGAGCUGAGUUUGGGUCCAAGGGAUGCAGCCACCAUGGUUCGCAUUGAGUUGGCUCAGCACGACUACCAGGUCCACAGAGACAAAUACGAAAGGCUGCGCAGUGACGUCACCAUCAAGCUUAAAUUCCUGGAGGAAAACAAGGUGAAGGUGAUGCACAAGCAGCUGCUUCUCUUCCAUAAUGCUAUCUCGGCUUACUUUGCUGGCAACCAGCAGCAACUGGAACAAACUCUAAUACAGUUCAAUGUAAAGUUAAAGCCCCCAGGAGCAGACAAGCCAUCCUGGCUGGAGGAGCAGUAAUGAGCAUCCAGUGUUCAGCCAUCUGAGAUGUACAAUGACAACGCUGGUCAGAGGAAAACUUGUGGUUAGACGGACAAGAAUAGAUGGACAAGAAUAGAAUGCAUACAGGAGUGUAUACUGUAGGAUCCGUAGCAACCAGAGAAAUCUUUUUUGUAACGUUUUUUCUUUUGUUACAUAGAUGGAACGACUAUCUCAGUUGUAUCUAGGAUGUUUUUUGUUAAAUCACAAAAUUGACUUUUAGUCAUUUUCGUAUUCUUUUAUUAGCACAAUCAUUUACACGUGUAUCACUUAUUUAUGUACAGGAUAGUCGACUAUUGUAGAUGUCCCCCGUGGCAGAUUUGCACAUGCAUUAUUUUGUUUUUUUAAUGUUGUCUAAAGUUAUUUUUAAUAUUUCACUGUAUGUUAAAUGGGAGGAACUCCACAAAUCAGAUCGUCGGGUCGGCAGGAGACUGUUUCAAAUCCAAUGAAAUAAUCUCUGAAACUUGUUUUUUUUUCCUGCGUGCAUGAACGAACCAUAUUAUUUUAUGCUUUUCACAUUAAGUUAACAGGAUUUAUAUCAUUAUUCUGAAAAUGAUGCCUACAGGGACGUUGAGAAAUGCCUGAACGGUCAGUUUACAGUUUACAUUGGGAAAAUAAAUAUAUCUCUCUCUAUAUAUAUAUAGUAUUAUCUAGUGAUUUUCUCUUAUCUAAUAUACAAUAAUUGAUCUCCAAAUUUUCAGUUACACUAUGCCAUUAUGAAUCCAGCAACGUUCGACGUCUGUCUUUUUUACAUCAAAGUUUACACUCCAGUCAGUUCACAGAUUGGAUCGACCGUGCUACGAGUUGCCAGUGGAUAAGGAUGAAAACAUUUUUGAGUCUGAAAUUCCUCCAGUAAAUGGGAAUACUGGAUACAUGCGACACCACGUGCGCUUUAGGUUACAAUCCAAAUAUCAGUGUUUCCUCAAGGACAGAAUGUAUGAGUACAUUUAGCUCAUUUUCAUGUAUUUAUUUACCUUUUUGUAACAUUACAUUGUAUGUUACUUAUAGAUUUAUAUUCUAGUUACCUGAUUGUCUUCAUUUUUUUUUCUGUAUUUCCAAUAAAGUCUGCUGGAUAUUUUGUUCAACCUACUGUGCAGGUGCCACAGGUCUGUCUGGGUAUAUGUACAGAACACUCACAGUGUAUGUGACAUGUCAAUUAUGUACAUCAUAAUAUAAUAUAUAUGACAUCCUUUCA